AUGAGCGAGAGAAGCUAUAUUCCAUUCGUCCUUCCAAACGAGCUCCCCGCGCGCUGCGCCGUCGCCGCCGAGCAACUCCCCGUCCUCUUCGUCUUCGCCAGCGACGAAGCCGCGCGAGCCGGCGCCCCGAGCCACAAUCCCGCGUGUCUAAAGUGGCAGACCUAUCUCAAGAUGGCCGCCAUCGACUUCCUCCUCCACCCAUCCAAUAACCACGCCUCCCCACCGGCGCCCUCCCUUUCCUCCUCACCCCUCUCAGACCGCCAUCCCUUCCUCCAAACUCUCCACCUACGUCGCCACCAGCGCCCAACCCCCGCCGUCCCCGCCCGCGCCGAGACCUACCUCUCCCUCCUCGACUCCGCCCUCCGCCCCGCCUACCUGCACGCCCUCUACCUCGAUCCCCGCAACGACCCCCUCCUCACUUCUCUCUACCUCGAUCCCAACCUCCCCGGCCCCUCGCCGCCGCCCUCGCCGCCUCCCUCCGCUCCGCCGCCGAGGAAGAGAUCCUCGCCUCCACCCGACGCCCCCACCCUCUUCGACGCUGCCGUGUUCGCGUACACAAACAUGCUCCUCGACGAGAGCCUCGCCUGGGGCGACCCGAGGCUGCCCAACUCGGUCCGGGAGUUUGACGCCCUCGUGAGGCACCGGGAGAGAAUCCUGGCGAAAUACUGGCCCGGGCUGAUUCGGGACUAA